AUGGCGGAAUUCUUCGAAAUAUUGGUAAAGAUAGUACUUAUCACAAAGCAGGCGAUACAAAGUAAAUCGAAGAGAUUUUGCAUUAUUGGUGCCGGACCGGCAGGGCUAUGCACCGCCAGACAUGCCCUGGCUCUGGAUGAUAACUCCGAAGUGACUGUUUUCGAGCAAACUCAACAAAUUGGAGGACUGUGGAAUUACACUGAUUACACCGGACAGGACCAUAACGGCAUUGAUAUAACGUGCAUGUACGCGAACUUGCAAACCAAUUUGGUUAAGCAAGGAAUGGGCUAUCCGGACUAUCCAAUCGAUGAGAAAGCGAGUACCUUCGUCGGAUUGGUGGACGUUGCCAAACAACUAAACGGUUACGUUGAAAAGCAUCAACUGAAAAAAGUGAUCAAGUUUGAGCAACAGGUGGUACGAGUGACUAGAAAUUUCCAGCAUAAUAUGUGGGACGUUCUGGUUAAAGAUUUACCCAAUGACCGUUACCAUAACUAUAACUUUGAUUUCGUUAUGGUCUGCAAUGGUCACUACAACUCACCGGUAAUACCGGACUUCCUCGGUAGGGAAACAUUCCGAGGGCGUCAGCUGCAUAGCAAAGACUACCGUCGUAGCGAACACUACCUUGACGAUCGGGUCCUGAUAGUUGGAGGUGGCCAUAGUGGAGUCGACAUUGCCCCAGAUGUAGCAUUACAUGCUAGCAAAACCAUUCUAAGCCAUCGCUCAAAAGAUCCCUUGCAUACGGGCGACCGAGUUAUACAAAAACCAGAAAUUGCGAAACUAAUCCCAUCUGGAGUGAUUUUUGUUGACGGUAGCUACGAAGAUAUUGACGUUAUCAUCUACUGUACGGGGUAUCGUUAUUCGGUACCGUUCAUCUCCAUAGACUGUGGCGUAGCAGUGCACAAUAACGCCAUCACUCCGCUGUAUUAUCAUUGUAUCAACAUAAACCAACCGACGAUGGCGUUUAUCGGGUUGCCGUUCAACGCGUGCCUGAUGCUCAUGAUGGACCAACAGGCAAGAUUUUGUCUGAAAUUUUACAGUGGAGCAAAGGAACUGCCUAGCCGUGAGGAGAUGUUUGCGGCAUGGCAACGGGAGAAUGCAGAACGACAGACACGUGGUUUAACUGGCAAGUUGACACACAUGCUAGCUGGUGAUUUACAACAACGGUAUUAUGAUGACCUGGCGCAAAUUGCUGAAAUAGACUCGUUGAAACCGGUGCUGGCCAAAAUGCACGCUGAUUGUAUUAACAGCAAGAAGGAGGAUGUCAAUUUCAGAUCCUACGAAUAUCGCGUGAUUGAUGAUGAACAUUUUAUGAAGAUUAAGAUUCCUGAUAAUAAUAGCAACGCUGCGGGAGUAGCUUGA